AAUUUCAAUCAAUCCCUCAACCCUUAGAAUUCAAUGUGGAGUGGAGCUUUACAGUUAGGGUAGGAUACUUGUUGACAUCAUGUGACCUGCGUACCUUCAAAAUUAUUCGGCAAUCCUAAUUUAUUCGAAAACACCGUUUACAUCAUAAUUUGGCGCAAUGAAAAAAAUUAGACAAAAGAAGAUGAACACCUCCCGAACGAAUAGAAAUGUUGUCGAUCUAUAGAACAUUCCUCCUAUACCUAUCUUCGUUACACAUUUUCAAAUGUUUUUUUUUUGCGACGUUUUUGUCGGAUAAACCUGGGUCAAUGGAAAAUAAACCUGUUGAUUGGGACAAAUGAGAGAAAUUAAUAGUACAUGCCAAAGAAACUACAUUUGGGAGGAGUCCCACAUAUUGGAGUUGUGUCUGACACCUGAAACUUUACUUGUGUUCUAGACUCAGCAAACCAAACCGCCACUCAAUGGGGAAAACAGAGGGGCUCGAGGAAACGGUCGAGGAAGAAGUCAAUGCGCAACAAUGAGUCUGGACAAAAUCUCAAAGUGAUAGAUAAAUAAGGGAAAGUAGGUUUUACAAUCCACAACGUGGUAGUUUACUUUUUUUUUUAGAAACGCAGUGGCCAUUGGAAACGUUGCUGUGCAGCGCAAUGGCUACCCAGUGCGACUCCCUGAGCGGAUACUUGCAACAGUCGGACCAGGGCUCAAAUAGCGAGCGUAGUACUGACUCCCCGGUCCCCGGGUCCGAGGAUGACUUGAGCGGACCCCAUGCCUUACCAGACCCGGAGUGGACGGAGGAGAGAUUUCGAGUGGACCGCAAGAAACUGGAAAUCAUGUUAUUAGCGGCCGCUGGGGGACGAGUCAAUGGUGGCGAGGAUUUCUUUCAGAAGGUCAUGGAUGAAACCAAAACACAGAUAGCGUGGCCUUCCAAAUUGAAGAUCGGAGCCAAGUCCAAAAAAGAUCCACACAUUAAGGUUUGUGGAAAGAGAGACAAUGUGAGGGAAGCCAAAGACCGAAUCAUGUCAGUCCUCGACACAAAGACUAACAGGGUAACCCUUAAGAUGGACGUGUCCCACACAGAGCACUCCCACGUCAUCGGCAAGGGAGGCAACAACAUCAAGAAGGUGAUGGAGGACACGGGUUGCCACAUCCACUUCCCCGACUCCAACCGCAACAAUCAGGCGGAGAAGAGCAACCAGGUGUCCAUUGCAGGUCAGCCAGGAGGGGUAGAGGCAGCUCGAGCCAAAAUUAGGGAGCUGCUCCCUCUAGUUUUGUCGUUUGAGUUGCCGGCCAUCGUGCAGCCUGACCCAGGCUCCCCCACAGUGCAGCACAUCUCCCAGACCUACAACCUCACCGUAUCCUUCAAGCCCCCCACACGUCUCUACGGGACCACCGGAGUGGUCCGCGGCUCCCAGAACAACUCUAGUGCCGUCAAGAGGGGCACUGCCAUGCUGCUGGAGCACUUGGCGGGAAGCCUUGCCAGUGCCAUCUCAGUCAGUACCCACCUGGACAUCGCCCCUCAGCACCACCUCUUCAUGAUGGGCCGUAACGGCAGCAACAUCAAACACAUCACCCAGAGAACAGGAGCCCAGAUCCACUUCCCCGACCCUAACAGCCCCCAGAAGAAAUCUACGGUCUACAUCCAGGGCACCAUCGAGUCUGUCUGCCUGGCGCGCCAGUACCUCAUGGGCUGCCUGCCCCUGGUGCUGAUGUUUGACAUAAAAGAGGACAUCGAGGUGGAGCCCCAGUGUAUCACAGCUCUGAUGGAGCAGCUGGAUGUCUUCAUCAGCAUCAAGCCCAAACCAAAGCAGCCAAGCAAGUCUGUGAUAGUAAAGAGUGUGGAGCGGAAUGCAGUGAACAUGUACGAGGCCCGGAAGUUUCUGUUGGGUCUGGAGAGCAACGGGGUGUCAUCAGCCAUGUCCCCCUCCACCAACGGCCCCACCCUCAUCUGUCCUGUCGGCCUGGACAUCUUGGCCUCUGCUGGCCUGGGGCUGAGCAGCCUGGGCUUCCUAGGUGCAUCAGUGCCCCAUUCUCUCAGUAGCUCCCCGGCUCCAAACUCUGUUCUCAACAGUCUGAACUCUUCCAUGAGCCCUAUGCAGAACCCCAGCCCCAGCACCCCAUCUCCCUCCUCCUCACUGUGGCCCAGCUCUCUCACCAGCACCCAAGGCUUCUCGUCUCAGUUGAUGAUGCACCCUGUAGCCCAGGCCACUCUGAGCAGUAUCCUGCUCUCUGGGGUCCAGGGGUACACCCAGAACACCCCCUCCCCUCCCCCCGGGCUUUCCCCAAUCGACAAGCAGACCAACGGGGUCCCUGACUGCUCCAAAGGCCCCUGUACCAUCAAUGGACAUGUCAAGCAUCCUGGCUCAGUCUAUGGCAGGAUGUCCAGUGUGUCACUGGCAGACACGGUUCUGAACCCCAACCAGUGUGACUCGGUCCAGGAGGCCAGCGGACACAACCCGUCAGAACCCCGCUCCAGCAAGUCCAACCAAGACCAAGGCUCUGACACCUUUGUGGAAGUGGGCAUGCCCAGAAGCCCAUCUCACUCAGCAAAUGGAAACGAGCUGAAACAGAUGCUGGCUUCCUGUAAGACGUCAGGGAAACGGCAGGCGGUGGAGCUCCUCCAGGGGACCAAGAACUCCCAUCUCCAGUAUGUCUGUCCAGAGCUACACUCAGACUGCUUACUGUCAGACCCAGAGUCGAGUGCUUCAGACAGCCCAGUAACAGAUAAGAGGGCACCGGGCAGUGAGCGGGCAGCAGAGAGGGCAGCACAGCAGAACGAGAGGGACAGGAUCCGCUUGGCUCCACAUUCUUCCUUUGCCAAUAUGCAGGGCCAACUAGAGGCGCUUGAAUAUGAACAGAAAAAGCUGUUAGCAACCAAGGCAAUGUUGAAGAAGCCUGUUGUGACUGAGGUGCGGACCCCCACUAACACGUGGAGUGGCCUGGGUUUCUCCAAGUCUAUGCCAGCAGAGACCAUCAAGGAGCUGCGCAGGGCCAACCACGUGCCCUACAAACCCACCAUGAGUACCACCUACGAGGUAAACUCCGACUAUGAGGGCUCCCCCCUGUCUCUUUCCCGCUCCGGCAGCAGAGAGGGGGUGGGCAACGGCAGUGACUCUGAUAACUGGAGAGACAGGAAUGGGGGUGGGAACGGUCUUCCCAGCCACGCCGAAUUCCCAGUGUCUGUUUGCAGUCCUAAGAGGAAGCAGAACAAAUCGGCUGCAGAGCACUAUCUGAGCAGCAGUAACUACAUGGACUGUAUCUCCUCGAUCACCGGGAGCAACGGGUGCAGUCUCCAGUCCUCUCUGAAAGGGUCGGACCUCCCGGAGCUGUUCAGCAAGCUGGGCCUGGGGAAAUACACAGACGUGUUCCAACAGCAGGAGAUCGAUCUCCAGACCUUCCUCACUCUUACAGACCAGGACUUGAAAGAGCUGGGCAUCACCACAUUUGGAGCACGCAGGAAAAUGCUGCUUGCCAUCUCUGGUGUGAAUGACUACGAACUGAACAAGAACCGAAGGAAGCUGUUUGAGGCUCCUAUCAGAUCCUCCUUCCUGGAAGGGGGAGCCAGCGGUCGUCUGUCUCGUCAGUUCCACGCUGACAUGGCUAGUGUCAGUGGUCGGUGGUAGAGCUCCACUCCGCCAGGACUUAACACGACAGAGAACCAGCCUUCAGUGCCUCUCUUUGGGCUUCUGUAGGCCAGUCUCCAGCCUAGCUGGUUCUCAGUUGUCCACCCUCCAGCAGAACAAUAACUAUUCAACUCUUUUUUUUCUUUUUUCUUUUUUAAGGCCAUAACAAGAAGCCAUAGUUUAACCAGAAGUGCCAAAAAAAGAGAAGAGCCAUCUGUGGUAUAGAAAGUCCAGUGUUCACUCCACAUAGUGGUUAGAUGUUUCUGUGGAGUAUCUAUGCAUGAAGGGUAUUUGACUAGUUAUGAAGGACAGGUACUGCCCAGUAGUUGUCCAUUUUUGUUAAAGGGAACAGGCCAAAUGAUUAGUACAAAAUAAUUACAUUGAUACUGCAUUCGUAGUAUGCUGUUUUAUCAAUGACAUGCACUUUAACAAUUUUGCCUGUGAAAGCCUGAUUCCUCAUAUUGGAAUACCUAUGCAUUUUGUAUUAACUCAAAGCACAGAUGUAUUUGUACCAAGCCAAAUGUAAGCACUUAGUGAGAUGGGGAAAUGAAGUCAAUAAAGUGACAUCAACAACUAAACGCAGAACCUAGUGGAUUGACCUUGGACCCCUCAGUGUUUUGAUUGAUUGACAUUCCACGAAGGUCAGUGUUGUAUCCACCAGCAGCUGCUGUAGUUGGGCUGCAGUCUGUAUGUCAUAUGUAUUUAGAAAAGUAUUAUUUUGUAUUCACAUUAUUAUUUUUUAUCUUUCUGAGGUAAUAAUCAGUUUCAUGUAUUUUUUUAUGUUUUCAUUACUUUAUACAUUCACAAAUGAGUUCCUGUGGUUUCUAAUUAGUUCAUUAUUAGUCUCUUUGAUAAUUACCUUUACCCCAUAAUCUUUGGUGCCGUCAGGCUGUGUCAUGAGACUGCAGCAGAGAAAGAGAGCAGUCUGUCAAAACAGCAGGCCCCUCUCUCUGAUUCUGUUUGUUGGCCUCCUGUGGUUUUCUUAGUCAUUGUCAUUAUGUCUCCUGUAGUCAUGUCAAUGGUCUUUGUCAGUUAGUCUUUCUGUGGUCUAUAUUCUGUGUUGAAUCCUACUAUGUGUUCCUCUAUCUAUUCAGGAGACAUGUCAUUAUUCACAGACUGUGUGCUUUUAUCUUUCCUUACACUUUAUACGCUUUUAGAGCUGCGGACAGAGAAGCAACCUACUACAGUGUCGAAUGCCUCCACACUACUACAGUGUCGAAUGCCUCCACACUACUACAGUGUCGAAUGCCUCCACACUACUACAGUGUCGAAUGCCUCCACACUACUACAGUGUCGAAUGCCUCCACACUACUACAGUGUCGAAUGCCUCCACACUACUACAGUGUCGAAUGCCUCCACACUACUACAGUGUCGAAUGCCUCCACACUACUACAGUGUCGAAUGCCUCCACACUACUACAGUGUCGAAUGCCUCCUUUACUUCUCUCUCUAAGCUGCUCAGCAGGGAAUUGUUUCUAUUAGAAUAUAGCUAUUUGGACUGCCACUACCUCUCACCCAGGAGGGAACUCACACCAAAGGUGUAAACUCAACUCUAUUUCAUAUGACAGCCCCUAGCCUAGACACAUUUCUACAUUUACCAAGAUUGUGUCCUCAACAUGUGUUCUAGCUUAAAUUAAGAAUAGUGGAAAUAUACAAUUUUCAGGAUCAGUUGUGCAAUCAGAUAUCUGGGAUUCUUGUAAAGCUAUAUUUGAUGAAGUAACAGGAUUAGGUGUGCAGUCAGAUAUCUGGGAUUCUUGUAAAGCUAUAUUUGAUGAAGUAACAGGAUUAGGUGUGCAGUCAGAUAUCUGGGAUUCUUGUAAAGCUAUAUUUGAUGAAGUAACAGGAUUAGGUGUGCAGUGGUGCUGCUUAUCAUCAAAGGACGAAGUCACUCUGAUCUCUGUAUUAUGUUCAUGUAAAACAGUAUUCUCAUACCCUUUUGUUAACGCUGUCUGACUCUGGAAGGUUUUUGCUGUAACUGUUUUAGAUUGAACCCCCAUAUUAAGCCUGGAAGUUAAUAGUCUUUGUGCAUUCUAUCAUAUAAGACUGUUUGUUUAAAGUACUCUUUAUUUGCAGAAUGUUUGUUGGUAGAUGGUACGGUAUUUGACGGACAAUGCAGUGAACUCUAUGUAGAGCCCAAAGUGAAAAACUAAAUCUUGAAGCUAAAUGACAGUAGGUACAGAAUGCUGAAGCAGAUGUAGAGAGAACAUUUCAAAGCAACUUACAUGCCAAAGCUUUGUUUCCACACAACAGCAACAUCACUGACAGCAGACGUCUUAGCAUCAACCAUUCUGUAAUCACGCACAGAGAGAAGUCACUUGUUUCUCAUGUUGCAUGCUUUUUCUCAUGAAGAUCUGUUGUAUCCUGUGUUUACGCCAUACCACUUCUUCUAACUGAUUUGUGCCCAUGUCACUAUCGUAUCAAUAAGAUAUCCUGACUUGGUUGUCAUUUCUGACCAGUAGUGUGUCAUUUUCUUUGAAAUCUUGAAAAGACAGGAUAUUAAAAGGGAUUUGUUCCACCAAAAAUAUGGGUUGUGUUCAACCCUUUAUCAUGGUACUAUAUUGAAGCUGUUCAGCAUUGAUUAUUACAGUGCAGUUAUGUUGAGCCAUGGUAGCUACCCUGCAAACCAGACAAUGUUUUUUUUAUUUUGCUUCUGUAAAGUUAUGCCUGCGGUCAUUUGUGUGCUUGGAGGGUAAUAGGGUCUGUCAAGUGAAUGUUAGUGAGAAUUAUUGCUUUUUUAUCUGGUUUAAUGAGUCAUUUGCAAUCAAAGUUUACCACCAGCCUCCUGUCCCUACACUUAUUAUGUCUUAAAUGUUUGUGUUUAGUUCCUGUUAUUCCCAAAGGGAUACAUUUGAAGGGUCUACUUUAUACUGAGUUGGAUGAAAUGGUACAACAUUUAUAAUGAAUGUAAACCACUAAGGAAUUUAUGUAUGUUUUGCAUCUCUUUUGUAUCCUGUGCAGCCAUGCUUGUUAGCAAUUUAUCUCCAGUUUUGUGUGAGAGAAAGGUACUGUUCCAAAAAAGGUUCUACAGAAGAAUUUAGGAACUUUGCCUAAAGCUCUUGUUGAUACGAUUGUUGAGAAGGACAUUGUUUUAGCUAUGUUGUUAUAUCUGUAAAUAUAGUACAGAUGUGUUUUGGAGGAGUUAUCAAAUAAGCCAAAAAGUUUGUUCAAACAUUGAAGUGUUAUUACAAAGGUAAUAAAUGUAUGCAGUAA